AUGGUCCCUCUCAAACUUGCAGCACUGAUUUUUUACAUAAUCAGUUUUCUCACAACCUCAAAAUCUGUCGAUGAAUUCACUUACAAUGGAUUUCGAUCGGCAAAUUUGAGCCUCGACGGCAUGGCAAGGAUCACGCCCAACGGUCUCUUGAAACUAACCAAUUCCACCACACAACAGAAAGGUCAUGCCUUUUAUCCUGAUCCCAUUAUAUUCAAGAAUUCCUCUUAUGCCCCAGCUUUUUCCUUUUCUACAUACUUUGUUUUUGCAAUGGUGUCUGGCUAUCAGAAUUUGGGCGGUCAGGGAAUUAUUUUCGUGCUUUCGCCGAGUAAAAGCUUUGAAGGAGCCAGUCCGGGAUUAUACUUUGGCCUAUUCAAUCAAACCAACAAUGGCAAGUUUUCCAACCAUAUUUUUGGAGUGGAACUCGAUUCAUUAAAAAAUGUCGACAUUCAAGAUAUCGACGAUAACCAUGUUGGUAUCGAUAUUAAUGGAAUGAAAUCUGUAUCUUCAAAUACAUCAGGGUAUUGGGAUAAUAAGGAUUUGUUUCAUAAUUUGACACUUAACAGUGGGCAACCAAUGCAACUUUGGGUUGAAUAUGACGGUAUGGAGAAGCAAAUCUCUGUUACAUUAGCUCCACUGCAAUAUUCCAAGCCAAAUAGAACUCUUCUGCAGAUAUCCUAUGAUUUAUCACAUGUCUUAAAACCAACUAUGUUUGCUGGCUUUUCCUCUGCAACUGGCCCUAUACAAAUAACUUCCCAUUAUGUUCUUGGAUGGAGUUUCAAGAUCAAUGGUAUGGCUCAAUCGCUUGAUCUCUCUCGACUUCCUAAACUACCUCGUGUUGGUCCCAAGACGAUAUCGAAGGUUUUAACCAUUUAUUUGCCGGUUAUUGGUGUGGUUUCGGUGUCACUAGCCAUAUGGGGAGUAGUUUGUUAUGUCAACAGGAGGAGGAAAUUCGCAGAAGUGCUUGAAGAGUGGGAGCGUGAUUACUCUCCUCAGAGGUUCAAGUUUAAAGAUUUGUACAAGGCCACUAAAGGGUUUAGAGAUAAGGAGAUUCUGGGUAGGGGAGGAUUUGGAAAAGUAUACAAAGGUGUGAUGCCUAGAUCUAAAUCUGAGAUUGCUGUUAAGAGGGUGUCUCACGAAUCAAGACAGGGGAUGAAAGAAUUUGUGGCAGAAAUUGCAAGCAUGGGUCGACUACGCCAUCGGAAUCUGGUGCCUCUGCUGGGAUACUGUCGGCGUGAUUUUGGGCUUGCAAGAUUGUACGAUCAUGGGGAAGACCAUCGGACGACUCGCGUGGUCGGGACACUGGGGUACCUUGCCCCAGAGCAAAAUAGAACAGGGAAGGCCACAACAAGCACUGAUGUGUAUGCUUUUGGGGCAUUUUUGCUUGAGGUUGCCUGCGGGAGAAGGCCAAUAGAUCCCAAAGCUGCCCCUAAUGAUCUAAUAUUGGUAGAUCAAGUGUUUUCCUACUGGAACGAAGGUGACAUUUUCCAGGCAGUCGAUCCAAAUUUAAGUAAUGAUUAUUUAAAAGAGGAGGUGGAAAUAGUGUUAAAGCUCGGUUUGCUAUGUUCUCAUUCAGAGCCGAAAUUUAGGCCUAGCAUGCGUCAGGUUAUGUUGUAUCUGGAAGGCGCAUUGUCUCCGCCAGAAUUGUCUGCAAGUGGCCAAAAAUUUGCGCAACAUGAUGAAGGGUGUGAUGGUAUCCCCUUGUGGUCGUAUCCUUCUUCUUCUUCUCAAACAGUAUUUACUCAAACUUCCUCAGUUUCAAAUUCCCUCCUCUCUGGAGGCCGAUGA